UGGCCAAAUAAAGUUAAGGUUGUCAAUCGCUUGCGUGACGAAGUUGCAUCAUGAUUGGUCAAAUCCUUGAAUGACAUUUCCGAGGAUUGCAAAUGGUGACAACGGCGAUGCGCAGCUUGUGCGUUUUGCCUGUAAAUAUUGUUAAUGGCGGAGUUCGAGAUCGAAAAUAAUUGCAUGUUUGAAGGACUUAUUGAAUCGUCACUGGAAUAUUCUAAAAGAGUCUCUUAGGAGACGAAUGAUAUUUUGUGCAGAAUGAUUUCCCGAGAAUAUCGGCCCCGAACGGUAAGCUUAUGUUUUGUUUAUAAGACUUCCAACUGAGUACCGACCACAAAUUAAGCUUAAGCUUCAUUCUGUCGUUUUAUUUUGAUCCAUCCUCUCUGCACGCGCAACAAUCGCUUUUCCCUUCUUAAAACUUACUAAAUAUUUAGUUCGUCCCUUUCUACCAUAAAACAGAAUGGUCAAAAUCAAAAUGAUUUGGAUAAAGUUGUUCUCUUUUGAAACCAAUGACAGAUGUUAAUUUCAGCUUUUGUCGUUUUAGGGCUCGAGGAUUGGCGGAGAUGUGGCAAUUGAUCCGCAUUCGCACGAAGUUUACCGCUCUGAAAUAGAGGAUUUAGAAAUUCAAGGUAAUUAAAUAGUGCCUUACGACUUUUUAAAGAGCACUCCAACCCUUAGCCAAUUUGUCUCAGUAUUCUCAGUAUUGCUUGAUCUUGCAGGAUCUGAAAAAUUCAUUCGCUCGAAAGCCGGUAUUUCACAAAUUAAAAUGCUCCUUGAAACUGAAAAGUUACUUACAAUUGGCUGCGAUUAGCUCGAAUACUCGUUAUUGUUUCUCUGCCAGUUCAAUAGCGUGAUAGGCUUAGCCAGUGAACAAAGGAAAAACAACCGAUAUUAGCAUCUUAGAUUUGCCAACAUCAGAAGACCAGAAAUGACGUCUUCAGGUAGUUUUCCUUCGAAGGCACGACAUUGUGAUACAGCGAACUCACAGUUGCCAGGUUUAAUGGCCAGUGACUUAAAAGCCGUUAUAAUAUUGAAACUUGAAGAUAAUAAGUUUUCAAUAAAAUAUACGCUUUCUUUCUUGCCCGUUUUUUUCAGCCAUUUUCAUGACUCUCUUUCUCGGUUCUUUCCGGUGAAAUUUCUUAAUUGUAAAGCCGGGUGUAAAGACGUUUCAUUGAAUCAGAGAUUACUCUUCCGAGGGAUCAUUGCGUGUGACGAACAACGAUAUUGCCAGCUUUUUUUUCACCAAAAGUACAUUUGUUUGUCGCCUAUUUAAAAGAUAAUAUACUUGAUCACGAAGAUGUGUGACGUCGGAUGACUUGGGAUGACAUCAAAGAGAAUCUAUAUAUAAAAACUGUCAAAAUUCCUUAACUUAAGUUACUUCCGAAUAACAUUAUACUUGUUAAAUUAAAUGCUUUUGUGUAACAAUUUGUGGACCAAUUAAACAUAUCUGUAAAACUUUUACUGCCCAGUGUUUCUUUGUGAGUUUCCUCAGUUUGAAAGUAAUUUUAUGACACGAGCAGAAAGCAAAGAGUUCUUGGAAGAAGUUUUGAUUUAUAUGGCUAUAUUAUUACAAAUAUUUCUUUAUUAGAUGGAGGAAAGAAAUAAUAUAAUAACAAUAAUUGACUGUUUUAAAGGAAAAUAUCGAAAUUAAUAUUAAAAACUUUUAUUCCUAGUGACAAGUUUAGCAUUCAAUGUUUUCGUUUAGUUCCUAGUAAUAUCUUGGCAUCACGAGUAUAUUUAACCAUGCAUACAUGCAUGGUUCGGGCUCUUCAGUCUGGUAUAAAAGAAAGUACAUACAAGAGGGUAUAUAUCUGGAGUCAUUAUAGAGCCAUAAUUAAACAACAAUAUUUGAUGAAGACAGAUGUUACAAAAUUUUCAUGCCAAGGCCAUGGAAUGACCUCUUUCAACAACAAAAACUAACAACUAGAGUACGGCGCGUGACUUGAAAAUAAAACUGAUCUGUUGAUUUUACCGUGAAUUCUUUUUGUCACUCAUUUGUUCGGCAUAAUAACGCCUUGUAGUUGACUGAGUGUGUACGGUAUAUAGCUUGUGAGAAUGUUUAAAAGGAAAAUGAACUAUGACACCUGUUAUAUGGAAAUAUAGAGCUAGCAUUUGAUGCGCACGUGCAACCUGCAAUAAAAGCAGUGAAACUAGGCUCAAAUUCAGGUAAAAGGUGGUAAGUAAAAAAAAAAAAAAAUUCUAUGAGCAAAAAGGGUAAUGCUCUAGUAUAUUAAUAUUCGAAUCUUCCGCCUUGAAAGCCGCAAAAUCUCUAAUUAUUUGCAAGCGAAAAUUUGGAUAUAGCUCUUGUUGAUGUCGUGCAGUAUCAAAGAUGCCCGCUCCAGUCUUCCUGAGCUGCCAUAAAAGCGCGACAUGCACGCAAGCGAGGUUUCAAACAGAAUUGGUGUACAGACGAUGGAGUUCCCGCAGCCGGUGAAUACGCAGAAAUUUUCCUUUUGUCAAACUCUUUGAAUGGACAACUACAACUUUCCUUCUUUUUUCUAGAGCGGUGACGAAAUACCAGGACACAUUGAUAACAGGGCUCUGAGCUCAACUGGAUAUAUCGGGGAACUCGAUUAUCAACGUACGCGUGAAUGUUAUAGAAAAUAGAAUUUUCGUUCGUACUUUGCACACGCGAUCGUAUGAAAGGUUUUUUUUAUGUGACAGUGCUGAAUUGUCAAUGGAAGGUUGGUUUGGUUAGCUCAUCAUUUAUUUCUUCUUCCUACUAGAUCAUCGUCAAGUGUACGUUGGAGUUCAUAUUCCCCUAAGACCACGAAAACAUCAUCAUCAAAGACAUCACCAUCACAGGCGUAGACGCAGACCAGCCUAUGAUGGCUCGUUUACUUCUAUCGACGAGAAAGGUUAGAAUUUACUGCCCUUGGUUAAUGCCACGUAGAUGUAUUUCUGCCCAUAUGAACAAAAUUGUGUUUGUUUUUGGUGGGCAUUUUCGUUUUGUUUGUAGUUGAAGUACUAGAAAGGCUGCAACGCGACAAAAAUUAAAAUAACAUUAGAGGGUGUUCUGUAUUAGCUUGCGAGUUGUUGAUGUUUAGUUGCUUGCUAAGUGUAUCGUCUAACUUUCACGAUUGACGCCAGAAAAAAUAGCAAAUUGUUGCUUCGGUGAAAAUGACUCUUAUUUUUCUCAAAUUACUUUUUGUUGUUCACGACUCCUGUCACGCGUUCAACCACAGUCUGUGUAUGUCAGCUUACCUACAUCAAAUUACAUAAUCCGAAAGCGAUAAUCUUUAUUGUGUACUUCAUUGGAAGUAAUCGUUUGAAGUUUGGAAGAUAGCUGAUUUUUAGCUUGUAUGCCAAACUUUUCAGACUUGUAUUGUAAACUUUUUUUUAAACUCGGGAAAUAUAGAUCACAUGGUUUCCACUGACGACUGUCGAGUGACUAUAUUCCUUUUCCACUUAAACUUUUCUCAGUCGAGAUCUCAAUACUGAAAAUUACGUCUGCAAUUCUUUCUCACUGUUUUCAUAUCGGCUGUAUAUGAGCCUCUGUCUUGAGAGAUCUAACACCCAAGUAUUUUAAAGUACACUUCAGGUGAACGGAUACAAAAUAUGUGUCUGUAUUGAGCUUAAGCUGCUAAAUGACAAAUAUUACCCCUGAAAAAAAAGAGAUGCGUUCCUUUGCACCCGACUACCGUGUUCAUAUAGAUCAAACGCUGCCAAUGGUACAAGCGACAUCUAUUCUUUAUGUACAUUAAAAUUAUGCUGAUCUCUCAAUUAAACUUACACCUCAAAAAGCUAGCAAAUAUAUUUUUAAUGAGGAAGGGUACGAAUCGUGAAAUUGACAAAAGCUUGUUUAUUUACGGUUGAGUUAUUUUUACUGGAAGGCUCUUGACUAGAGGCCUUUUGUUAAUUUCUUUACCUAGGAAAGUAAGCUUUGUGUUAAGAACAUAAUUGUGAAUGACUUUUUAAUAAGCACCAUUAAUUUUAUAUCCACCAGCAAGUUGUUUCUGUUAAUUAAGAGUAAAACAUUGCAAUCAACUCGAGAUGUAGCAUACUGAUUAUUUUGUUCCCUCAUUGAAAUAAAAAAACACCAAUUAAUUUUCUUCAAUUAUCAAUUAAUUUAAUGAAACGCAAAUUCCUUUAGUUUUCAACCUCAAUAAAAUUUUACAGACUUGUCUUUAGCGCAUGAAAUUUUAAAAAAAGAUUUUGAAACCGGCUAAGAAAAAUAAGAUGCUAAUGAAUAAAUUUAAGGCCUUACUUUACUGUUCCCUACUUCUUCAAAGUGUUUGAUAAACAUAUUUCUAGUUCAAACCUGUUAAUUUACCGGCCUCUGCAAUUUUUAAACCCCUGUAGCUCAUUGCUUCAUUUAUGCCCCAGCUGGUUAAGAGACUGCAAACACAUGUGUACUGUGAAAGGUUUCCUGAGUGUUGUCAUAAGCAAUUGACAAUAAUAGAAUGUCUGGACAAACCAACAAUAACGAGAAUAUUUAUUUAUUUCUAUGACAAAAGACAGUUUAAAAUGCAGCUCUCUCGUUUAGACUCCUGAUAGCCAAUGAUAUCUGGUUUAUAGCUGACGCUGGACGACCAAUACCAACAAUUCAAGUUGAUUGACUUAUCAGGUCAAUAACCAGAGUUUAUGAUAAUUUUACAUAGUUAUUUCAGUCAGCACGCAAUUCUGGCCAUAACACUUAAACUGUGCUUGAAAAACAAAUCAAAGUUAGGUUUCAGAUUUCUAAAUGUACUGUCAACUUGAUAAAAUAGCGAUAAAAUGGUCCCCUAGGGGGAAGGAAGUAGUCAUGGCAACUCAGUUUACCAUUAUGCUUGUUAAAUAAACAGUGUUUCUUGUGAGUACUCAUACAUACAGUAUAGUACAGUCUGUAUAUGCAGUUUCUAUGUGAACUUAAGUUCUUACGUGUCUUGAUGUAAAAUAUGUCCAUUAAAUGGACAAAUUUGUUAUCUUGUAUCUGUUAAGCAAUUUUUGAAGUUCAUGAUUAUGGUCAAAAUAAUGUUACUGUGUUAGGCUAAUGCAGAACCAUAUGGUUUGUUAGUUUAAUAAUAUUCUAUAGUCCCUUAAGUUUCGGGGACCUGGCUAAAAGAGUCGCUAAAAACUUAUGUGGUUUUCAUUUGCCUAACGUUUUUGGUUGAGAUACAUUUUUAUGACACAAGCCUGAUGUCAUUUGGCAUCCAUUGUAUCUGAGCUGUUCUUAUGGAAGAAUUAAAAAUUUUAUAUUUUGACCUCAGCUUAUGCAUUGCCAGGCUGGUUGUGAUGUUUGUGAAUAAAAUCCUUGCGGAAUGUCAAUGAGAUAAAUCUUUGUAAGCAAACAUGUUGCAAUAUUGCAAUAGAGUGUACAUGUUUAUCAGUAUAGUUAUUGUACUUUUAAAUAACUAGUCAGGAAUGUUUUUCAAUUGUCAAAUGCCUAGUGCAGCUCAGUGGAUUUUGGUCAUUGUACAACUUCAGCUGUGGGUCUGAUCAUUUACUGCCCCAGUCCUAAGCCUUCAAGUAUGUUUGGAAAGGAGAAUCAGCUGUAUUUUUGCAGAUUUGAAUAUAAGUAUAUAUAAGUAGACUCUAAGAGGUGAGUCAGUAACAGGUUUUCUUCCACUAUACUGGAAAAAAUGAGUGUAUGUUCAAACAUGUCAAUAAUUAAUAUUGAAAUAAUGUCCUAUGAGGAGAUUAUUUUUGUACUGUUUAAAAAACACGCAGGCACUUGUGUAUUAUCAGGUUUAAAAGCUUGAGGCAAAGACGAGAGAUUUUACUCGUGAUAAUACAUGACUGCGAGUUUUUUGAAUGGCUUUAAAAUCUAUCCUAUAGAUUAACUCAUUCUUGCACUAAUAUUUUAGAUUUGGGGUUAAUUGGAGGUAAAGUUUAGCCAUGUCUUGAUCAGAUAUAAAGACACUCAUUAAACAUUAAUUUCUCUCUUUUUCAUCAUAAAUUAUUUUGAGUUUUUUCAUAGUUUAUAACAAAUUGUGGUGUCUUUCAGAUAAUAGUACAUCAUCAUCACUGCCAACGGACAAGGUACGGUUUAUCCUUGGAGGAGAAGAAAAUGAUGAAUCUCAUAAAAUGUUCACGGAGUUGGCAGCUUUGCAGUGUGACAAGGAUGGAAACGAAGAGUGGAGAGAAAUGGCACGCUGGUUAAAGUUUGAGGAAGCUGUUGAAGAAGGUGGUGAUCGGUGGAGUAAACCUCAUGUUGGAACCCUAUCGCUCUACAGUUUGUUUGAGCUGAGAAGUUCUCUUUUGCGUGGAACUGUGCUAUUGGACAUGAAUGCUAGUAACUUGACUCAAAUUGCUGGUGAGUUGCAGGAAAAAUUUGUGAUUAUUUUGUUUGACAUUAUGUCAAAAGAGAGAAAAGAAAAAUCUAAUGGAGAUCCACUUUCAUAUUAACACACUAUUUUAUCUAGGCAAUUUUACUAAUAUAGUUUCGUGUUAUGACCUCUUCGUUUGUACCCCACAUGGUAUUUUAAAUAACAGACACCUCAGAUAGCAAUGCACAAAAAAUAACAAAAAUUAGCAAAAAAAUAAAAACAAUCCUCUGUUAAGUGUGACUGUACUGUGCAAUAGAAUUCUUGAGAAUUAAGCUUUUCAGUCAAUGAUGCGAGAAAUGCAGAUAGAAGGUAACAAAAGUUCUCCCAACAGGAAUCAAACCCAUGACUUUCAGUGGUUAUUACAGUCAACUCUCUCUUAAUGGACACCUCUAUAAGACAGGCACUUGCUCAAAUGGACCCCUAGAGUUGGUCCCUGCCUUUCUUUUCACAUGGACACCUCUCUCUGACGGACACUUAGUGCUGGUCCGAAAGGUGUCCGUGUAAGAGAAUGUUGAUUGUAGUCUAGAUUUUCUACCAACUAAACUAGGUUUAGCAGUGUUCUCCUUACCAGGUGGUAACUGGCAAAACUAACUGUCUGAAACAACACGUCUUACCUCCAGCAACCACUUGAAGGUUUACUAAAAUAAAAUAAGUUGUUUUAAAAAACAUGCAAGCAGUGAUCCAAUCCGAUCAAGGUAGUGAAUGAAUAUAUGGAAGUGUACUGAAGUAUACACAGCUUUUCUUUUAACUGUAUUAUAAUCACUGUUUCGAAAGGAGAUGUUUGUAAACAUGCCAAGUUGAUGCUAAAUGUGUCUGGCGUGUUUUUCAUUCCAAGCAGAGUUUGUUAAAAAUGUAUAGUAAAAGGCGUGAAAUGCCUGUCAUGCCCCCUGAACGCGAGUCGCAGUGAUGUUGGUACAGUCCCUCUAUUUUUCUCUCCUCCUUCCAAACUGUCCCCCACCCCCUAAGUAGAUUUGACACUCAUCUAAGAUGGCCGCCCUUAACACGAAGUCUUUGUGUUGUAGUGGUUUGGAUGUAAUGUUAAGGUAUUUCAUGUGGCUUUGAAAGAAAGAAAUGUUAGGAUUUGACCAGCAUAGGAUAGGUUUUGAUUCUCCUGUAUUUGUCAUAGAUCUUGUGCUUGAUGACAUGGUGAAUAAAAUGCAUCUGGAACAAGAUGCCCGACAGAGGGCGCGAGAUAUUCUUUUAAAGAAGAAACGGCAUCAAGGUCAGGGUGCAAGAGAGAAGAAAAAGAGUAAGACUGGCAUAAGUAGCUUCCCUUCAUUCAGCAAGAAACCUUCAUCAGCUGGUUUGGCAGACUUUUUCAAAAGAUCGGACUCCUCCAAUAAGACAUCAGCAUUAUCCCCAACAACAUUAGAAGUAGUAAAUGAAACAGAUAGAAGAGAUGGCGACUUCCCUCAACUACCAUCAGCAGUGGAUUUGGUUGGGAAGCAAAAGGAUAGUGAUGCAAAAGAGGAUAAUGGGGAAUGUACCGAUGAAGCCUUUGUUGGGGUACAGUGUUUAAAGCUAUUUCAUAGACUUUUUCUUUAUGUCAACACAGGAAAACUGUCAUUGUAAUAAAUAUUGUAAUUUGUUUACCCACAGUGCACUUAGGAAUUGUUAAGAAUUUGUUGAAAUGUGUCCGUGCAUUCCAGAUCAAAUUGGAAUUUGGAAACGUUGGUUUUUAAGCAGGGGGGAAAACGGGAGUACUUGGAGAAAAACCGAGAACCAUAAUAAUCUCAACUCACUUACACGUAUGGAGUCCAUGCCAGGAUUCACACUCGGGCCACACUGGUGGGGGGCGAGUGCUCUCACCACUGCACCACCUUUGCUCUGCUUAAAUUUUUGAUAGGAUCUCUCUUCUUGUCACCAGUAAAGCCAUUUCUUUAAACUCUGAGUAGCUGUUCAUUUUGUUGUUGUGUAGUUGCCAUUAGUAACAAAACACAGUUGUCAGCUACUAGAACAACCCCGAGUGCACCCCUGUUGAAUUUUCCCAGUAUGGUCAACUCUCUUUAUAUCAGACACUGUAGGGAACUGAAGCAAGUGUCCUCAUUAGUGAGAGCGGGAGUUUAUUUCAGUCAAAUGUCUGUAACUUAAUUUUGCCUGGGAUUUAGCUGCUGUCCGUGUUAUGAUAAUAUAUCGGGGUGUCCUUUAUAGCGGGGUGUCUACCAGGCGAGAGUUGACUGUAAUAGCUGAAACUGAGAUUUACAAGCAAAAACUGUUAAAGAUGUUUUUUACUGGUCACACCAGAGACUUUCAUCCCCAGUCUUGAAAGUAAGGAAUGCUUUGAAAUGCUCUUUGUUCAAAUUUUACCAAAGGGAUUAAGGAAGACCUGCAUAUUCUCUUUUCAGUUUGAUGCCAACUUCAUGAAGAAAAUACCACCAGGUGCUGAAGCUUCCAACGUUCUUGUUGGAGAACUGGAUUUCUUGAAGAAGCCUGUGACCGCGUUUGUCCGUCUGGAGAAUGCACAUAUUCUUGGUGACCUUACGGAGGUCCCUGUACCCACCCGUUUCAUCUUUGUUAUGUUGGGUCCACCUGGUACACCUGGGCGUUAUCACGAGGUUGGACGUGCCAUAGGAACCCUUAUGUCUGAUGAGGUAUGUUCUGUGCCAGUGUUUUUUUUUUAAAGACAUUUUGUUGCUUUUAUAGCUAAAAUAGUACCUGUGGAUGUUCAACGAACUUUCUUUUCAACUCUCAGUCUCAAAAAGCUAUCUUACUAUACCUUUCAUGUUCUUAAUGAAAAAAAGAAGCUUAGUACAAUGUACUUCAUGAUUUGUGUUCCGUCUUUACAACAGGUCUUUCAUUCGGUUGCUUACAAAGCACACUGUCGUGAGGAUUUGUUAGCUGGAAUUGAUGAGUUUCUGAUGCAGGUAACUUAUGUUGUUCACUUUUUUAAGUGAUGGUUUUACUGCUGUCACCCUUAAGGUAUCUGCAUUGUCUUAGAGUCCAUUUUUAUGGGUCCAAACAAAUUUUUGAACAGACAAACAGACCUGCCUUUUGUUUACACGGGACCUGUGGACUCAUGUAAGUUUUUGAAUGGCAACAGUACUGCCAUCUGUAACACAAUUUGCAUGGUUCCAUGUAAAUGGGUCGCACAGGUUAAGAAUUUGUCCGGCCCCGUGUUAAUUGGGUCUUAGUGUUAAUUAGGUUUUUAACCACGGCAGGAUUAGCUCAGUCGGUAGAGCGCUUGACUGCAGAGCGGGAGGUCACCGGUUCGAUUCCUGGGGCCGGACCAAUACUCAGGGUCUUAAAAUAACUGAGAAAUGAAGGUACUGCCUUUGCCCUGCAGGCGGCUGGACCUUCGCGUGGCUCGGAUGACCACGUAAAAUGGCAGUCCCGUCUCCAUUAGGAGACGUGGGAGACGUAAAAUAUAGUGUCCCCAAUUAGCACUUUCGUGCUAAAUACAUUGACACUCAAAUAAAGCACUUUUUUUUUUCACAGGUCACAGUAUUACCCCCAGGUGAAUGGGAUCCAUCCAUUCGUAUUGAGCCACCAGAUGCUGUGCCAUGUCAGGACAAGCGUCUUGAGAUCGCCAAGACAGGAGGUAAUGCAGAUGGUCCAGAACAUGACCCAGCAGGAGACAGAGAAGAACAGCUGAAGAAAACAGGAAGGUUAGGGACAUACAUGGUGUAGCUAUGUGAAUAGGGAUUGAAUGUUAUUAAUUUGCUAGCUUCUGUUAUAAAGCUUAACACACUCAUCAGAAACUGCUAUGGGUGAAAAAGAGAAGAGCAUUGGGUCAUCAAUAAUCUUAAAUCAGCAAAACUGGCUUAAAAUAGUCCUUAAUUACAGCGUAUUACUGAGAGUCUGGAUAAUAGCAAAUGAUAAGAAUAUUUAUUAUGUCUUCCUCUCCUAUGCUUUAUUAUUAAUCCAACAAAUGAUUGUCUACAACAUUGGCUAAACUUUGCUCACUGCUUAUAAUACUUGAAUCCUGAAAAAUGAAAUCAACUUUUCCAUUCCAAUGUAUGAGUGUUUUUACAAAGGAGAUGUAUUAAUUCCUGUCAACUUUACAGUGGAUCAUAGUUCAGAUCUUGUUUUUUCUCACUCAUGACAUGAUGAACGUUGCGUUAAAUAUUACAUUUUGCAUCAGGUGUAAAUUUUACAUGUUUCUUGGAGUUUCGUCCCCAAUUGUCACUCUAUAUCCUGAAUGCCAUAUUCUGCUUUCUUUUUGUAUUGUUUUGUUAAGCAUUAUGUUCAGAUGUGAAAAUACUGCACUGACAGUUUACUGGUAUGUUUUUCACAGGUUUUGUGGGGGCCUGAUUAAUGAUAUCAAGCGGCGUGCUCCAUGGUACUGGAGUGAUUUCAAGGAUGCGCUUAACCCACAGUGCAUUGCUUCUGUCAUCUUCAUCUAUUUUGCAUGUCUUACACCGAUUAUCACAUUUGGAGGUUUGAUGGGAACAAAGACAGGAAAGAACAUGGUAAGGUUAACUGAUCAAUCAACAAUCAAUCAAUCAAUUCGAACAGAAAAGUCUUAAACUGCCUCUUUGGCCUCCUGGAUUGAAACUAUUUUAAUCUUCCUUGUCUCUACAAGGGACUCUAAAAUAUUAACGGAGGAAUGAAUUGUUCAAUUUUUCCUUUCUUUCAAUUUUUGUAUUAGUAUAACUUUCCAGGAGGGGGGGCUCAACAAAGUUUUUUACCGGGGGAGGCUCCGCCCUGAGGUCCAACACCUUUCCCUUUUAUAUACCAUUUCUGAUAGAAAAGGCCCCUUUUUUUCAUGCCUAGUUUUAGUAGUUUAGACAUUUGCAUCUCUUUUUACUGCUGAAAAUAUGCUGUCUAUCACAAAUCCAGAAACGUUUUUUCGAUUUUUUCAUGGCCAUAAAGUGCAUUGUUAGCCCUUUUGAGCAAUUUUACAUACCGAAAUGACAGAUUUCACUAGCCUUUUAUAUACAUCAACCUGUAAAAUCCCUACCCUUUCAUAUACCUGAAGCCCCAAAAAGGUAACCAUCUUGGGUGGAGCCUCAAGGUAUAGGCCAUUAUGGGAGUCUAUUUUGAAAUACCAGUAGAUAUUUUACAAUUGGCUGGCCUACAUGUGGAAGUUGCUAAUGUAGGUGGACUGAAGGGAAAGGGUAUUAUUUUCGUCAUGGUCAUCUUACAUCAUUUCUCUUCCUGUAGGCUGCUAUGGAGCAGAUCUUGGCUGGUGGUAUCGGUGGAGUGCUCUUCUCACUCUUUGGUGGUCAGCCUCUCAUUAUCCUUGGUGCCACUGGCCCCAUGUUAGUGUUUGAAGAAAUUUUGUACACAUUCUGUGAAAGCAGUGGUAUUGACUACCUGCCAUUUCGCUUAUGGAUUGGAAUUUGGACAAUGUUAUACUGCUUUAUCCUUGUUAUAACUGAUGCCAGUGCAUUUGUGAGAUACUUCACCCGCUUCACAGAAGAGUCCUUUGCCACUCUAAUUGCUCUGAUUUUCAUUGUUGAAGGAUUCAAAAAGCUCUUCCAUGUUUUGGAUGAUCACCCUGUUCAGAAGGGAUAUAUUGACUGGCAUAGGUGUCAUUGCCUACGGGAAGAUGCGCCAAUAAGUAAUUUUACAUAUGGAAGCAACGACACUCUCUAUCGCGUGGAUGUCCCAAUGGGAGACUGUGCAAGAUUUGGUGGUAAACUUGUGGGUACAGGCUGCAAUGACAAUGUAUUUUUUCUGUCUGUCAUUCUCUCAGUGGGGACAUUUGCACUGGCAAUUUCACUGAAGGGCUUCCGUAACAGUUCUUAUUUUCCAACAAGGGUGAGGCUUUCAUCUAUUCUUUUAUUUGAAUGUUACAAAAAGAGGAAAGGAAAGAUGAAUAAAUGAAGUUUUUUUUUGUCAAAGACUACAAAGACUUAGUAUCUUUGACUUGAAUAGCCACACUAUAUUCAGGGCUACAGACAGGUUAUACCUGAGGGCUCUCAAACCCAAACUGGAAAAACAAAUUCAAAAAGUAAAAUUAAUUUCACAAUAAUUCCGUUCUGUAAAAUACUGAUGAGCUAAUACUGUGUCAUGCCGUAAGUGUAUUAGAGAAUUCUUCCACAGAUCAAAAAGCUGCAACCUCUUGAAAUACUUUUAGCAUUGCCUUUGAGAUAGAAAGUUUAAAGAGUUGAAAACUUGUGUUUCACAACAUAUCAAGUUAACAGCACCCUCAACUUGGAAUGAAAACUUCUUACUUUUAUGUUUUAAAGUAAAAUUAUUAUUAUUAUUACUUGAGUUUCAAUUUGAAGAUGUUACAUGCCCGUGUGUGGAUAAUUAUGAAUUUUAUCUUCGAGUGUUCAACUUGAUUUCUCAUGAGAUAUCAAAUUGAACACGAGAAGAUAAAAGUCGUAUCCACAAGUGGGCAUGUAAUGUUCUGUGUAUUAUAUAGACACUGAUGGCGAGAUGCUGUGAUGCUCUUUUUCUAUUGACCAUGACUGAAGUUGCCAUGACAACCGUGAUAUCUUCACAUGUGAAAGAUGAAAAUUGUUUCUUUGCUGAAACCAAUGUUGGUAUUUCAUCAGUGUCUAUAUAUUAAAGGAAAUCAAUAAUUUUCAAAUGCUUCAUUUUUCUGCAGGUUAGAGCAGUUAUCUCAGACUUUGCUAUCCUGAUUGCCAUAAUAAUAAUGGUGAGCGUGGAUCUCGCAUUUGGCGUCAACACACCAAAGCUUGAUAUCCCAUUGAAAUUUCAACCAACAGCUGCUGAAAAAAGGGGUUGGAUUGUACCUCCGCUGGGUAAAAAUCCUGUAUGGACCAUUCCCGCUGCAGCUAUUCCAGCCCUUCUGGCAACAAUCCUAGUAUUUAUGGACCAGCAGAUCACUGCUCUGAUUGUUAACAGACGAGAGCAUAAGCUAAAGGUAAAGUAGCUCAGUAAAUUCAGGUUCACUGUUUCAUUCUGUGAUUUGUGACUAUAGAUAACCCCUCUCUGCAAUAAUAGAUCUGAGAUUUGCCUUGUUUGAAUGUUAGGCUUCAGGAUUUUAUAGCAAAUUGGGUGCUAGAUUCAGGAUUGAGAUGCAGGAUGCUGAAAAUAAACGUCAGGAUAACAAGAUUUGAAGAACCCUUUUGGGGACACUCGAAGGAGUAACCCUUGGGGAGGGCUCUCUUUCCUUGGCCCCUUCCCAAGCCCCUUUGACCCACCCAACUCCUCAAUGUGUAUGGAAUUCAACAUAACAGUUAGGCAAGCAGCAACACCCAUGCACCCAAGGGAAAGGGCUGCAUUGCCGGCUAUUGUAAUGGUGCCAUUUUUUUUUCUAAACUGUUCCUUUUUUUCCCCACAGAAAGGUGCUGGCUAUCAUUUAGAUCUUUUGCUCGUUGCCAUCAUAAUUGGAAUUUGUUCACUGUUGGGUUUACCGUGGGUUGUGGCAGCAACUGUUCUCUCUGUUGGUCAUGUACAGAGCUUGUUUGUAGAAUCACAAUGUACAGCUCCUGGAGAGAAGGUUCAGUUUCUUGGUGUAAGGUAUGUCAAUUAUUCAGUUCCUAGUUUAUUUUUUCCUUUGCCAAAUGGUUACAGAACACUAUUAUUAAUAUUUUGGUGUUUGUCAUGUACACAUCUAACAAUGCUAUUAACAGUGUGUGAUCUGUUCUCUAGGGAACAACGUGUUACUGGUUUCUUCAUCUUUCUCCUUAUUGGUUUGACUGUGUUUCUUGCCCCCUUUUUGAAGGUUUGUAUUCUGUGCUAUUAACUAGUUUAGCACUCUGAGACAUAUGAACCAAAUCCAAGAGGAUCCUGAUGUGAAUGGAUUUACAUAAUUUGACUCAGCUUAAAUUUCUGAUAAGACUCUCAGGUGUCAAAGGAAUUAAUUGAAAUUCAACAGCACAUUAUGUUGCUUGCAUCACUCACAAUCAUUCUCACUGAUUGAACUCUUCAGUGAGAAAUUUUCAUGUUUGACCAGAUAUUCUUAGUAAUCCUGAGUUACCAAGCACCGGUUUACUUUAUGCAAAAUUUUGGUGGGUGAACAGGGUCAGCAUAUUAUAGGCAAUGUGAAAAUGAUGAAUCAAUUUUUGUUUGUGACAUUUUGCUUCUCCUCACUUCUAACCACUACUGGAGUAGUUAAGUUGUUAGAGCGCUUGACUACAGAUUGAGAGGUCAUGGGUUCAAUUUCCGGGGCUGGACCAAUACUCAGGGUCUUAAAAUAACUGAGAAAUGAACUGAGAACGUACUUCCUUCGCCCUGCAAACGGCUAGACCUUCGCAUGGCUCAGAUGACCAUGUAAAACGGCAGUCCCGUCUCCGCAAGGAGACAUAAAAAAUAGUGUCCUCAAUGAAUCAGUACUUUUGUGUUAAAUGCAUUGACACUCAAAUAAAGUACAUUUUUUACUGACUAGCCUUUUGCUUUUAAAAUCUUGCCCAUCAAACUAUUUAGAAUUUGUCCAUCUUACCAAUAAUUAUAAUAACUUGUGUUUUUUUUUUCAGUAUGUUCCUAUGCCUGUUCUCUUUGGUCUUUUCUUCUACAUGGGAUUUUCUGCUCUCAAAGGGUUACAGGUUAGUUUAAAACUGUUGUUGGAAAAAAUAGAAAUUCUCUUUCUUUCUAUAAGAGCCCCUAUGACUUGCUUGUCAUUCUCAUGAAAACAUGAAAUCAAGAUGUUACAAGUCAGUAAAAUCUUAUAGCAUACAUACAUGUAAUAAAUAAUAACAAAUGUAUUACUUAUAUUGUGCAAAUUACAUGUACAUAUAUGAUCAAAUGAGCUUCACAUAUAAAUUAAAACAUAUUGACUAACAAAAAACCAUGAUUGAAAAUAUUUUGCAAAAUAUCUAUUGGAUCUAAUAAAAAGCUAGUUUUAAAAAAUGUGUCUUAAGCAAUGUUUAAAAAUUCUCAAAAGUUUCCUUGUUACGAAUGUUAACAGGCAAGCUGUUCCACAGUUUUGGUGCCUCAGCUAAGGUGUAGUCACCAAGUGUCGCAUGAGUAAUAACUCUUGGAACUUUUACGGGGAGUCCUACCAACAGUAUUAAAAAAUUUAAAUGGUGAUAGAAUAAUUUUGAUUAAAAGGGCGUUAUUAUUGAAAUCAAAGCAUACUAUUAUAUGUACACAUUGCAUUUGAAAAACAGAUAAGGAAACACUUACGAAUUUCUUUGUAUCCUAUUUGGGAAUUUCUUUUAUUCUUUUUUUUAACAUAUAGUAACAAAACAGAAACAUUCCCAUCAAACUUAGAUAUACAGAAUGAUUUUAGUAUAAUGGAGUCAUUACUUAUAGAUUAAUGUUGACUUUUUUUGACAUUUUACCCUGUCACUGCCAAAUGUGGCCAAAGGCAAAUUUUGACCAAAUUUCGUAUUCUAAAAUUUUGACAAACAAAUAGCAUCAUGUGAAAGUAGAGGCGGAGAGGUUUCAUCUGAAUGGUCACAUCAUAGGAAUUUGUCCACAAACUCAAAGUUAGAGUUACCUCACAAAACUCUAUCAAACACUCUGGCAGUGAAAGGGUUAAACAACCUGAGACAUCCUACACACAUUGUAUUCACAGAGUGGACAAUUCAGAUACUAACAUCUCGUCUAUAUGAGGUUUGACUUUGUCGUGUUUCUUUGUUUUGUAAACAGUUUUAUGAGAGGUUAAAGAUCAUCUUUAUGCCCAUCAAGCACCAGCCUGAUUUGAUGUAUCUACGUCAAGUUCCACUCAAAAGAAUUCACAUCUUCACCUUUAUUCAGCUGUUUUGUUUGGCCGUCCUUUGGGCCAUUAAGUCUACUCCAGCAGCUCUUAUCUUCCCUGUCAUGGUUAGUUCAUUGUUUUUGUACUAUAUUGUUACAGUCAAGCCUCUUUAACCUUCAAACUCGUGAUAGUGACCAAAGAAAAAAUUCACAAAAAAUCCAAUUUCAUUGUGUAAAAUCCUACUAAUCAGAGAGCAUCAUGUAAAUGUUCUGCCAGAAAGGGUUUAUUUGAAUGGUAACACCGAAGGAUUUCAGUCUCAGAUUAAAAAAGUUAGAGUGACAUAAUUAACUCGUUCGCCCCUGAACUGCCCAAUAACUGCGCCUUGGAGUGCAAGGGAGACGAGCUCCCUCUCCCCUCACGUGUCUCCCUCCCACGCCCCGUUCUUUCUUCUAAGUGCUUGCUAUGCAGGCUACCCGUGCAGAUCCACAUCACUUGUAUGGCUUGUGAUGUCAUCAGUUUUAAUAGUCAAGAAAAACUUUGCUGUCAGGUCUUUGCAGGGAGGGGAAGGGAUCUUUCAAUGAUUCAGUUGAGGCCUUCAAAAAAGGCUAAAAAUACCGUUUGACCUGAAAAUUCCGAUGAAAAUCUUGUUCCAGUACCCACCUGUACUUCCCUCCACCACAAACACAACUAAUUCUCAGAAGUGUGUCUCAAAUUUCCCUUCAACCUUAUUGGCAAAUCGGCACUGGCCUUUUUAACAGGCCAAUCAUGGCACAUACUCAAAUCCUGGUACACAGGUAGGGGCGCAGACCAAGGACUUCAGUGCUUUUUUACAGACGGACUUAACCAGAGGUUUAGUUUCGUCUAUGGCGCAGGCUAGCCAAUCACUGAGGGAUGAGAUGUAGUUUUUAGAUUGCAUUUUGAUGGGCCCCUUGAUUAAACCCUAGGUGUUGAUGUUGGUGGCUGUCCGUAAGGUUAUGGAGAAGAUUUUCAACCUUCACGAACUGGAAGUGCUGGAUGAUUUGAUGCCAGAGAACAUCAAAAAACAAAAAGCCGAGCUGGAAGCAUUGAAGAAGAAAGACGAUGACUUUGACUAUGAUGAACAUGGGUGUGAUGGGGAUGAUCCAGAUGGCAAAAUGGUAAAAACUGAAUUUACUUGCUUUUUUAACCUUUUAAGCCACGGUAUCCGCUUACAAAUUCUCCAAACUGAUCUCCAUACAUUUCCUUAAAGAAUGAGUUGAGAGAAUUUGUUAAAAGAUCAGGCGUUUUUACUUGGGUGAUCAUUUUAUUAAUUCUCAUAACUUAUCUGUUGACAAUGUAUGGAUAUUGUUAGGAGAAAAUUGAUCUUGGUCACUAUUGGGACUUAAAGGGUUAAUUUUCCCAUUUCGCACGCUUUCUCAAGAGUCUCAUUAUGACUGUGAAAGGUUGUUUCACUUACAAAAUGAUUCAAUUCAUUUUGAAAGCUAAGUGAUGUAAGCUAAAGUAAGUCAACAGAAGAAAUGUAAACAGAGCUCUUAGUCCCAAAAAUAAUGCAUGUGAGGUUUCUUUGAUGGUGUUCUCUCUCCCCCACCCUUUGAUUUUUCCACUGAUAAAUCAGUGUGACAGGUACCUGGUUCCAUUGGCGUAGGAGCUCUUGGCUGGAAGGCGCAGGUUUAGCAGCCAUGGGGGUGUAACUCUGUCUAGGGGCUGGCUUUGCCAAAAAUAGAAGCCCCUGGACAUCCUGGGCACCCACCUCUACUUAGUGAUUCGGUUUUUAAUCGGUUAUUGUGAUAUGUGUUUGUAGAAUGGUACUGAUGGCAAGGCAUUAAAUGGCACCACUCCUCAUGAAAAACCCAUCAACAUCACGGAAGAAAUGUGCAAAACAUCUCUGUGGAAGACAUUUGACAAGGGUGGCUCAGCGAAGAAGUCAGAAAAGAGCAGAAAGGGCAGUAAAUCUGGUGACAAGCAUAAACACAAGCACAGACAUCAUCACCGCCACAGAGACAAGCAUAACCGGCAUAAAAAAGACAGUGAGGGUCAAGAAGAAGAAGAAGACGAAGGCCUGUGGAUGCUUGGUAAUAAGGACCAUGAUGAUGACGACGACGGGGGAAGUGACGCAGAAUUACAAAGAAAACUUGCAGCCAUUGACGAGGAUAAAAAUGAUGUAGUGAUCGACAUGGACCAGAUUCAGGAGUCCUUACUGGAGAUGGAAGACAUGACGAAGGAGGCUCCUAGUGACCAACAAAAUGGCCAAACCCCUGUUGGAGGUGAUGCCGAAGCCCCCUGUUAA